AUGGCGAGCCGUACAAAGCAUCAUAAACAUCAUGGUGGACUGAGGAAGAAGCCGUUGGUACCUAAAUGGAAGGUGUUCCGAGCGAAGGACCCUGUAAUGUCCGUGUUUAUGUGGGGAGUCAAUAACACGGUAAGGUAGUUAUGAUCGACUUUUAAUAUUUAGGUCGUUUAUAGAUAUUAGAAAUACACCAAUGCAAUGCUAAUAUUUUCAUAUCUAGAUAACUGAACUGAUGCACGUUCCACCUCCUGGUCUCCUAUUUCCAGAUGAAUUCCGGGCUUUCUCCAAGGUCAAAGUGGACAAUCACUUUUUUAACAAGUAUGAGUAAUAUGAGUGUUUAAUGAUGAAUUCAGGGAGAAUAUGCCCAGCCAUUUCAAAGUCAAACACUAUUGCCCGAAUGUUUUUCGCAGCUUGAGACAACAAUUUGGAGUUGACCAGAGGCAUUAUUUAGUAAGGCAUAUAUAAAAACAUUAUUUAUUUUUUUAGAGAUCUUUGACUGCCAUUGAGCCAGAGUUAGAUCCACAAGAAGGAUCGAACAACUUUUUCGUUUCGUUUGAUCGAAUGUUUGUGAUCAAGGUGAUUGAUUCUGAAAGCGUGGCUGAACUUCAUUCAAUUCUUUUCAAAUAUCACUCAUAUGUCGUGGAGAGACAAGGAAAGACACUUCUUCCCCAAUAUCUUGGGCUCUACCGAAUUACAGUUGACGGAACUGAUAAGUAUUUUCUGGUCAUGAGGAAUAUUUUUGGGUCCAAAUACGCUAUUCACAAAAAGUAUGACCUGAAGGGAUCUACGGUUCAACGGCAGGCUAGCGAAAAAGAAAAGUCGAAAGAACUCCCAACAUUCAAGGACAACGACUUCCUCGAAGAAAAUCACAAGUUGACUAUUCCUCCCGAUGUGAAGAAACAGCUCUUGGAUAUAUUAAAGAACGACACCGACUUCUUGACUAAUCUGCAUCUUAUGGAUUAUUCUCUGUUGGUCGGGAUCCAUGACAUUGAAAAAGGAAUGGAAGAAAGUUUGGCGGAGAAGGAGAUGGAGAACGAGGACGAUAGUGGAGAUGAACUUGCUCCAUCUCCCCCAGAUAGUCCUAUUCCGUCUGUGUCUGCAUUUAAUCUUGAUGAAGAAUUCUUCGCCAUUGUUAGUGCUGGUAAGUAUCAAAGAGUAAUGUGACAUAAAUCUUCGGUUUAGACUCGCCGCACCAAAAGAAGUUUAUCUAUUUCAUUGGUCUGGUUGAUAUUCUGACUUACUAUGGGGUCAAGAAACGAACAGCAUCCGCAGCCAAGUCAGUUAAAUAUGGGGCUGAAGCUGAACAUAUAUCCACAGUCAAACCCGAACAGGUAAUUUGACACGACUCUGUAAUUAAUCUUUAGUAUGCCCGUCGAUUGAUUGAAUUCGUGGACAAGAAUGUGGUCACUACUGGAUCAGAUACGUAA